AUGAGGAACUUCGGAGGUUGUGAUGCCUUACUGAAUUGUAUUGCCUCCGAGCUUCUCCGCAGCCACGGCCAGCGGUCCCAGCUCUUGGUGCUGUACGGCCACACAACUCUGGCGCUGUCGCAGCGGGUCUCCGUGGUCAGGGCGGUGUUGCACCCCGGAUACGAGGACAGGACGCUCAAGAACGACAUCGCGGUGCUCGAGCUGUCGCGUGAGCUGGAGUUCUCGGACCACGUGCAGCCCGUGUGUCUGCCCACUGAAGAGUUUCCUCCGCUGCCCGGAACCGUUGGCAUCGUGGCCGGGUGGGGUUACACAUCGGACACUGGACAACAACGGCGCAACCCGUACCUGCUCUACGUCACGCAAACGAUCAAGCCGCUGGGCUACUGCCUGGCUAAAAUGGAAGGCUACUUCUAUAGUCCGUCGACGUCGUUCUGCGCCUACCGUUACGGCUACGACGCCUGCCAGGGUGACUCAGGCGGCGGCCUGAUGGUUCUGCAUGAUGACCGAUGGUACACGGUGGGAAUCAUCUCGUACGGUGUAGGCUGCGCCACCCCUGGUGUACCGGGUGUCUACACGGACGUCACCAAAUUCGUCGGCUGGCUCCGCCGCGCGCUACAAGACGAUCUAUGAACCGCGUCGCCUAUAGUAAUGUACAGGCUGCACCCCAACUGAGUAUCAUAGAGAUCAAGUAUACAUGACAAAGAGCUAUACACACGUGAAAGCAGCUUGUCUGUCGUCUGUCUUAUCACGAACAUUCUUUUAAUUGAGCCCGACUCAUUACUGAAUUUGAAUAACCAUGAUUAGACUAUUAAUGACCGCUGUGUCAAUUGAAAAAUUCAUGGGCGCGCUGACGAAACAUCCGGGUCAAGUGUUUCUGAGGAGUUAACUCUUGCGCAGAUAUAUCUUGAAGCGAGCCACUGUGUCCAGCCUCUCGAAACCAAUCAAUCAAUCAGUAAAUAAAUCACUCAAUCAAUUAAGUAAUAAUUAAGUAAUUAUGUAUUAUCAAUCAAAGUAAAUCGUGAUGUGUUACGUGCUGAAGAUGCUUUGUGGCCUAUAAGAAGAAUGCCGUAGUGGAUGUCUCCAUAAUAGUUUUGACCGUCUGCAGCGUUAUUUGCACCGAAAUUUAAGAGCUUA